CAUUCAUACCAAAACGAAGAAAUCUUCGGUCCCAACAUGUUCACGACGUAUCUUUCUUCUUCAUUUUCUCUUAUUGUGAUCCUGUUCACAUCUCUCAUCUUCAUCUCCAUUUCCUCACUCCAAACUCCCAAGCAUUAUGUAGUGUACAUGGGCAACCCCAUUGAAGCUGAUGUGCAUAACAGUGAAGCUUAUUAUCUCCAAAUGUUGGACACUCUUCUUCCAAGAGAAGAGAGUGAGAGGAGAAAAGGAGUACAUCAUUACAAGCAUGCCUUCAGAGGCUUCUCCGCUAUGCUUACAGAAGAAGAAGCUGCAGCACUUUCUGGACACGAUGAGGUAGUGUCGGUGUUCGAAGACCCGAUGCUUCAACUUCACACAACUCGGUCGUGGGAUUUUUUGGAUUCACUUUCUGGAGAAUCUUCUUCAUUUCCAAUUUAUAACAGUUUUCAUGGCUCAUCUGAUAUCAUCAUUGGCGUUGUGGAUACCGGUAUAUGGCCAGAGUCUCCAAGUUUCAGUGAUAAAGGGUUCGGAGAAAUACCUUCAAAGUGGAAAGGUAUUUGCAUGGAAGGUCCUGACUUCAACAAAUCCAGCUGUAACAGAAAGCUGAUCGGAGCAAGAUAUUACAAAUCAACCGGAGCUACAUCAGCAAGAGACUCCAACGGUCAUGGGACCCAUACGGCCUCAACGGCGGCAGGAGCGCACGUGGUCGAAGCCAGUGACCGAGGCCUUGCGCGUGGGACGGCCAAGGGAGGCCAACCAGGCUGUAGGAUAGCCGCGUACAAGACCUGCACCGCCGACGGUUGCCCUGGCUCCGCCAUGUUGAAGGCUAUGGACGACGCAGUGCAUGACGGCGUUGACAUCAUCUCUAUCUCCAUCGGCUUGAAUGCUGCUUUCAAAUCAGAUUACCUGUCCGACCCAAUUGCCAUCGGAGCCUUCCAUGCAGAGCUCAAGGGCAUUAUGGUCAUUGCUUCUGCGGGUAACGACGGCCCAAUUGCCUCCACCGUCACCAACGUUGCACCGUGGUUGUUCACGGUGGCUGCUUCCAACAUUGACAGAGAUUUUCAGUCCUCCGUUAUCUUGGGAAGCGGCAAAGUUAUACGAGGAGCAGGGAUUCAUUUCUCGAAUUCCACAAGACCUAAGGCAUACUCUCUUGUGUAUGCAAGAAAUGCUGCUGCUGCAUCUAAACCUGUCGAAGAUGCAAGGACAUGUCUUCCGGGAUCCUUGGACCCCAAGAAAGUAUCCGGGAAAGUUAUUGUUUGUGUGAUGCCAAGAGAUGCAGUUACAACAAAGCAAAUUAUAAAGGUGGUGGUAGAGGAUGCUGGAGCUAGAGGUCUGAUUCUGGUAAACCAGAAAGAGAAGAUUCGUGCUUCCGAUUUUGGUCACUUUCCUUUCUCAGAAGUUGAUAUGACUGAUGGGUACAAGAUUCUAAAAUACAUGCUUCACACCAAGAGUCCAACAGUUACAAUUGUCCCAACCGUUGAGGUCAAACCCACUAAACCUGCACCCGUUGUUGCAUUCUUCUCAUCUAGAGGUCCUGCCUCUCUAACAGAGAACAUUCUCAAGCCUGAUGUAAUGGCACCUGGUGUUUUGAUUUUGGCGGCAUUGCCUCCGCCUAAAACCGCUAAACCAUCCACACCAAAGUUUGGGUUAGCGUCAGGAACGUCCAUGUCCUGCCCUCACGUAAGUGGAGCCGCCGCUUUCGUCAAGGCUCAACGCCCUUCUUGGACGCCUUCCAUGAUCAAAUCCGCCCUUAUGACCACAGCAAUAACAUAUGACAACAUGAGAAGACCAGUGACAAACACGUCCGGCCUCACAUCAACACCUCACGAAACGGGUGCAGGAGAGAUCAGUCCUCAGCGUGCAAUCAAUCCGGGACUUGUCUUUGAGACAACCACACAAGAUUAUCUCCAAUACCUCUGCUACUUCGGCUACUCUCAAAAGACCAUUAGCAAAACACUCAACAAAGCAACUAAAUUCAGCUGCCCCAAAAAGACCUCUAAAGAUCUUAUCUCAAACAUCAACUACCCGUCCAUCUCCAUCGGAAACCUGCGUCGCGGCCAACGUAAAAUGAUCGAAAGAAGUGUCACAAAUGUAGGACCGGAGAGGAAUGUGACGUACGUUGCCCAUAUCGAAGCUCCAGAAGGAUUGGUGGUUAAGGUCGCACCAAAGAGACUAGUGUUUGGAGAGAACGUGGACAAGGUUUCAUAUAAGGUUUGGUUCUAUGGGGAGAAGAGUGCAUCAAAGCGUUAUCAUCAUGGAUCUUUAGAAUGGUCAGAUGGUUACCACUCGGUUCGGUCGGUGUUUUCAGUUAACAUUAACUAGUGGCUAAGAAAGCCCCUGUCAAGAACAAUAAUGACAGUUUUAUUGUAAUGUUCGUUGGGUUGUUGUGUGUUGGUUUAAUAAUUGCUCGAUGAUUGUAUGUUUGGUUUAAUAACUGUUUGGGUUGUGGAUGUGGGCAUCAAUGAAAUUGUUUUCCUUUC